AUGGGCGCACGGAGCACCCCCAGGGGGGUGACAGGGCGACACGUGGGCCGCCCCUUGCGCGUCACCGGGGGCGCCUGGCCGCCCCCCACGCGUGACACGGCGCGGAACCGGGGGCCGGCCGCCGCCAGGGGGCGCACCCGUGGCCCCGCCCCCAGCGAGGCCACGCCCCCUGUGGCUACGCAGCCUCACCCUCCCCAAGCCCCGCCUCCACCAAGCCCCGCCCCCCUGCGAGCCCCGCCCCGUCCGGCGCGCAGCGAGCGGACCCCGCGCAGCUCGGCCCGGCCGGUGAGCGGGGGGCGAUCGGGGGGUCCCGGGGCUCGGGACGGGGGGGGCGCAGGCGGCGAGCAAGAGCAGCGGGGGCUCCGGAGCCGCCGCCGAGCGCGGUUCGCUCCGCCGCUUCCCGCUGCCGCAUUCCGCAGCGCGCGGGUUCGGUGCGGGGGGGGGGGGGGGGGUAUCGGGGCCGAGCGGGACCCCCGCGGCCGCGGGCACGGCGGGGGUCUCCAGGCUUUCCCCCACCCCCCCCCGCCUCCCACCAACCUUCCCCGCGGUAGCGCUCGGGGAUUAGGCUCGCUUGCUGCCGUAAAUAGGCCGCGCCGGGGCUUUACCGAGCGUCAGGGCAAAGCGGCUUUACGGGACUCGGAGAGAAGCGGUGCGGGGGCGGGCGGGCGGCACCCCCGCCAACCCCGUGACGCGGGAGCGCCCGCACCCCCGCAACGCCGCCCCGCCGGGCUGUGGGCAUCCCUGCGCCCCCCGCACGCCGUGCUGCGGACACCCCCGCACCCCGUGAUGCGGGCCCCCCCCCCAGCAAUCCGGGAUGCGGACACCCCGCGGCCCCUGACCCCGUUCAGGGUGUCUCCCGUGCCCCCCGAAAUGCGCCCCCCCGCCCGGUGUCGGUGCCGCAGGGCCGAGCUCCGUCCCGCCGCCCGCCCGGGGCGCGGGGCCGUCACGCGGCCGCCGCGGUUGCGCCACCGGCCGGCGCUGCCCGUUGGCCGGGCCGGGGCCGCUGCGGCACCGGCAACAGCGGCGGCACCGCACCGGCACCGCCGCCCGCCAGGCUGCGGCACCGCGCGGGUGCCGGCGCCGGUACCGCACCGCCCCGUUUUGUAA